GAAGUGUCUCUGUGCUGUCGAACCAAAUAAGAUUCAGACUUUUAUUUUGAAGAGCAGUAUCACCUCCAUCACUUCCGUAUCUCCUCCUUUGCUGCAUGAGUGUUUCUGGCUGCUGUUUUCAGAUAAAUAAUCAUGUCUAUAGAGGUGGAAUCUGCAGACGUCAUCCGUCUGAUCAUGCAGUACUUGAAGGAGAACAAUCUGCACCGGACCCUGGCCUCCCUGCAGGAGGAGACCACGGUGUCUCUGAACACGGUGGACAGCAUAGAGAGUUUUGUAGCGGACAUCAACAGCGGACACUGGGACACCGUCCUGCAAGCCAUCCAGUCGCUCAAGCUGCCGGAUAAAACCCUGAUAGACCUCUACGAGCAGGUGGUGUUGGAGCUGAUCGAGCUGAGAGAGCUGGGCGCGGCCCGUUCCCUCCUCAGACAGACGGAUCCCAUGAUCAUGCUGAAGCAGACCCAGCCAGAGAGAUACAUCCACCUGGAGAACCUGCUGGCUCGCUCCUACUUUGAUCCCCGAGAGGCGUAUCCCGACGGCAGCAGUAAGGAGAAGCGGCGGGCCGCCAUCGCUCAGGCGUUGGCCGGAGAGGUCAGCGUGGUGCCUCCAUCUCGUCUCAUGGCUCUGCUGGGACAGUCUCUGAAGUGGCAGCAGCAUCAGGGGCUCCUCCCCCCUGGAAUGACCAUCGACUUGUUCAGAGGAAAAGCUGCCGUCAAAGACGUGGAGGAGGAGCGUUUCCCCACGCAGCUCUGCCGACACAUCAAGUUUGGACAGAAGUCUCACGUGGAGUGUGGGCGGUUCUCCCCCGACGGUCAGUACCUGGUCACUGGAUCUGUGGACGGCUUCAUUGAAGUCUGGAACUUCACCACCGGAAAGAUCAGAAAGGAUCUGAAGUACCAGGCUCAGGAUAACUUCAUGAUGAUGGACGACGCCGUGCUGUGUAUGGGCUUCAGCCGCGACACCGAGAUGCUGGCCACCGGCGCUCAGGACGGAAAGAUUAAGGUGUGGAAGAUCCAGAGCGGCCAGUGCCUGCGCCGCUUUGAGCGCGCUCACAGCAAAGGCGUGACCUGCGUGAGUUUCUGUAAGGACAGCAGCCAGCUGCUGAGCGCCUCCUUCGACCAGACCAUCAGGAUCCACGGGCUGAAGUCUGGGAAGACUCUGAAGGAGUUUCGGGGUCACACGUCCUUCGUCAACGAGGCCACCUUCACCCCGGACGGCCAUCACAUCAUCAGCGCCUCGUCUGACGGCACGGUGAAGCUGUGGAACGUGAAGACCACGGAGUGCAGCAGCACCUUCAAACCUCUGGGCACGUCGGCCGGCACCGACAUCACCGUCAACAACGUCCUCCUGCUGCCCAAGAACCCGGAGCACUUCGUGGUCUGUAACCGCUCCAACACGGUGGUCAUCAUGAACAUGCAGGGACAGAUCGUGAGGAGCUUCAGCUCCGGAAAGAGGGAGGGCGGAGACUUCGUGUGCUGCACGCUGUCGCCGCGCGGCGAGUGGAUCUACUGCGUGGGCGAGGACUUUGUGCUUUACUGCUUCAGCACGGUGACGGGCAAACUGGAGAGAACGCUGACGGUCCACGAAAAGGACGUGAUCGGCAUCGCCCACCACCCCCACCAGAACCUGAUCGGCACCUACAGCGAGGACGGCCUGCUGAAGCUCUGGAAGCCUUGAAGCCCCGCCCACGGAGAAGCCUGGACUCCACCCUCAGCAGCUGUUCUGGCUCUCAUUGUCAUCCUUUUCUGGACUUUCAGGGUCAGAUCUGCAGGAGAGAAUCAGCAGAGCGUGUGUUGUCGGUUUGUUUGAUCUGGUAGAAAAACCAAAAGUCAGAACGUUGAAGCGGUGAGGGUUGUCUCGGAUGCCUUCAAAAGCUCAGAUUUUUUUCACAUUUCCUCUUUUGUAAAUAUUUUUUAGUUGUUUUUUUCUAAAACUUUGGUUAAACAGCCGACGCUCCGGUCUGUUUGAGCCGAAGCUGAAGGAGAUUCUGCUCAAACGGAAAAAUGAAUUUACAUUUUUGUCGACCCCACUCGUAAGUUUAAAGGUUACGGACUUACAAAUGUCUCCUGUCACAUGUUUUAUUUCACCAUUAAAGCUGUUUAACCAGAA